AUGCCUUUGCCGACAAAUAUUUGGAAUCAUCUUAAAGAUCUUGGUUUGAUUCGACCAUACAGAGGACUUCGUGGUGGAUUGUAUACAAAACGUACCUGUACGAAUUAUAUUCCAACUAUACAUUCUCGAAGAAAUUACUGUUUUAGAUUCCCUGCAACUCAAACCAAAGUGAUUAAUCGAAGCAACCUAUUAAAUAUUCAAAUCGUAAAUAGCUCAACAAAGCAUGACUUUCCUACAAUAUUUCUAAGUAAUACCCGAUCUAUGGUAAAUAAAAUUGAUGAUAUAUGUGGUGCAGUCUUAACGAAUAAAUGUGACAUCGCAGUUAUCACUGAAAGCUGGCUUUUAUCACAUAUAACUGACAAUUUAAUCAGCAUACCAGGUUUUUCAACAGUGCGCAAGGACAGAGCUUCGGAGCAACGAGGGGGAGGGCUAUGUACUUACAUCAACAAAGAACUAAAUUUUAUAGAAUUAGACUAUUUUUCUGAUGUGCAAGUCGAAACACAAUGGUUCUUACUCAAGCCAUAUAUACUACCAAGGAAUAUUAACUCGAUUAUCAUGGUCACAGUAUACCACCCACCGCAAAAUAAUAACAACAUUCUGCGAAACCAUCUAUUCCAAUCCCUCGAUAUUGCCCUAACAAAAUAUCCAAAUUCUGGUAUUAUUAUCCUGGGCGACUUCAAUCAAUUUAAGCCGGGCAGUUUGUGCUCUUCAUAUAAAUUGAAAAAACUUGUUUUAAGACCAACACGAGGAGCAAAUAUCUUAGAUCAAAUUUAUUCCAACCUACAUCGUAACUAUUGUGAAUCAUUAAUUCUCCCUCCUAUCGGCAGUUCAGACCACUCAUCUAUAAUAUUAAAGCCAAAAGCAUAUUGUCCUACUACCCAACCCACUACCCGUAUUCUUAGAAGAGAUUGCAGAUUGGCCAAUAAACAAGCGCUGACGAUGGAAUUAUCGCGAACCGACUGGUCUUGUGUUCAACAUUAUACGACGUGCAACGAGAAGUUAACUUGUUUUAAUGCAAUUCUAUCUAAGGCGAUAGACUCCCACCUUCCUAUGCGCAGCAUUAAGCUCCACCCAUCUGAUAAACCAUGGAUAAAUACUAACAUUAAAAAGCUUAUCGCCAAACGACAACGAGCAUGGUUAACUGGCCAUCCCUCGGCAUACUCCUUCUACCGCAACAAAACUACUAAAUUAUGCAGGCAAGCUAGACGCACAUAUUUUAACUCAAAGAUAUUAAAUACUAAGGACAGCAACCCUAAGAAGUGGUGGAAAAACAUCAAAGCUUUGUCUGGAUUUGCAAAGCCACCCUUACCCUCCUGCCUGUAUCAUGAUGGUGAAUUCAAGCGAGGUGCAGAUUUAGCAGAUUUAAUUGCUGAAUCUUUCAGCAAAGUAUCAGAUGAUAUUCCAGCACUGAGUUUUACAAAGUUACCAAUUACUACAAUUCCUAAUGAGUUCAUUCUCUCACCACAACAAGUCGAGUACGAAUUGUCCAAUAUAAAAGUACAUAAAUCUGUUGGUCCGGAUGCAAUACCAAACUGGCUCCUUAAGUUUUGCGCAUCUUUUCUUAGCAGUCCUAUUUGUUCUAUAUUCAAUUCUUCCAUUGCUCAAGGUGCUUUCCCUAACACCUGGAAAUGUGCGGACGUCAUACCAAUCUCUAAAGUACCUAAUCCCAAAUCUGUAGAUGAUGACUUACGACCAAUUUCUCUUACAUCUGUCCUUAGUAAAAUACUGGAACGUUUUAUUUAUCGUUGGCUCCUUUCCUCUAUUUAUCCGCACAUCGAUCCAUAUCAAUAUGGAAACAUAAAGAACUGUUCGACAACUCACCAGCUCAUUCAUCUCAUUCACCAUUGGUUGGUUGAAACUGACAAACCUGGAAACCUAAUUAGAUCAUGUAUGAUUGAUUUCUCAAAAGCGUUCGAUCGUAUUGAUCAUAACAUUCUUUUAAUGAAACUAACAAAUUUAGAUGUGCCCCCAUAUUGAUAAAUUGGUGUGCCAAUUUUUUGCAAGAUCGUCAACUUCGUGUAAAACUUGGAGAAAUAAGAUCUAAUUGGAAACAGAUUAAGGCCGGCGUACCUCAAGGAACUAUCCUUGGUCCCCUGUUUUUCCUAGUGAUGAUCAACGACCUCACCACUACCACCACCACACACCCAUUGUAUAAGUACGUUGAUGAUUGCAGUACAUAUGAAGUGGUUUCCCGGCCAGCUUGUAAUUCUAUCCUUCAACUAGAUAUUAGUACAAUCUGUGAUUGGAGCAAUACUAACAAUAUGCGGUUGAAUGCCAAGAAAACCAAAGAAUUUCGUGUAUCCUUUCUACAAUCUGAACCUGAAUUUGAUCAUCUGACAAUAAACGGUAGUCCGCUUGAAGUUGUUGAUAGUUUCAAACUCCUGGGUAUCACUCUAAGCAGCGAUCUGUCCUGGAACAUUCACGUUUCAAACAUAUCUGCUAAAGCAAACAAGCGACUAUAUGCCCUACGAAUCCUGAAACGCCAUGGUGUUCCAGUAAAGAAUCUAAUCUCCAUCUUCUGUUCAUUCAUUCGUCCAGUGCUUGAGUAUGCAUGUCAAGUUUGGCACUCUUCUCUGCCAUUGAUGUUAUCAGAUCAAAUCGAACACAUCCAAAAACGAGCUUUAAAGAUUGUGUUCCCACACCAUUCAUAUGCUGAAGCCCUUGAUAAAGCAAAACUAAAAACACUUCAAGAACGAAGAGAAAUUCAGUGUCUGUCCUUGUAUCAAUCUAUUUUAAAAGAUGACAAUAAACUAAACAAUCUUCUUCCAAGUCCUAUUACACAUAAGUAUAGUUUAAGGAAUCCAAGGAAAUAUCCUCUAUUUAAAUGUAGGACUGAACGUUUUAGAAAUAGUUUUAUUCCGUACUGUGUUGCAAAGUGGGAUUCUCUGGGUAGUUAG